UCGGGUCUUCUUUUUAUUUUUCUUCAAUUCGAAUCCUUGUUUCACAUUAAAUUACUAAAUUUUCUUUAAUUUUUCUCACCUUUAACGCCUUCUUAACAUGCGUAAGUACCUGAAACGAGUUUAAGCGCAUCACACAAGUGCAUCUUUACAAGUGAAAAUUCCCACUAACGUGACGCUUGUUGCUUGCAGCUUUCUAAAAGUAAUGGAUUCGUCGCUGCAAAACAAGUCAAUGGGCUCCAAUGCGAGUUGCUUGGAAAUAUCGAGCGAAGAAGACAUCGAAAUGAUCAUCACGAAACCCGAAACGACAAACAAAACGCCCGAACGCUCCCCGAGAACGGGUCGCAACUUGCUACUUCAACUCAAUUCGACGCUGAGUCCCAAAUUCACGGAAAUCGAAAAGACGGAAAAUGGGCGACGCAGCCGAUACGGGCGCCAACAAAAGUCCAAAGACUUUGAGGAUGGCUUUGUGCCGUCGGAAUUGACGCGAUUCGUGUCAAAAAGUGGUCCCGUGACGUUCGAGACGAUGCGAAUUAUCAAGACGCCAACGAAAAUUGUGCCCGAAAGCGAAGUUGUGACGUCGAACAACAACAACGACAGCAAUGCAAACGAAAAAACGGCAAAUGUGGUCAGAGCAAUCGACGAUUUGGGUGUCGAUAUGACAGAAACGGAAAAAGUUGACGAGGAAAAUCCAACGUUGUCGCAGCUGGAUGCCAUGGAGCAACUUUCUGACGUGGAUAGUGGCAGGGGAUCGGUUGUCGAUGCCGAAUUUGCUGCUCUCAUGACACAAUAUCCGGAGGGGGAACUUUAUUGGGCUGAAUAUAAAGUUGCUUGUUGGUGGCCUUGCAUCAUCGCGCCUGACCCGGAUGGAAAUCCGCUGCGAAAUGACCCGAGAUCGAAAGUUGUCGAGAUUCACGUGAAAUAUCUCGCGGAUAAACGUGCCUGGAUUGCUCAUAAUAAACUUGUUCCGUACGUCGAGUACGAUGAUUUGCUGAAAUCGCACAAGGUCAACACAAAAGCAAACAUUCAAAAAAAACUGUUCCCACGAUCGAUUUUUUUGGGCAGCUUUUUGAAAAAACUCCCAAUUGAGCAACGUUUGACCAAACUCUACGAAGAAGAGGAGAAACAGGCUGAACAAAGAACUCGUAAACGUAAAAGUAAAGAACUUCUUGAUCGUUCAGCUACUCCUGAAAGUCCCGCAUUCGAAGAUAUUACAGACGACGCUGAGUCCAUCAAGUCCGAUUUGAACCUCAUUCGACAAUUAACGGGCAAACGCAAGUCUCCGCCGCCUCCUGAGAUCCAUCCAAAGCGAAUUCGGUUCUCGCGACGUUCGUUAGAGCUGAAAAAUCGACCAAAAAUCGCCGAAGAGACUCCGUUGAAUGUCUCCUUACCCGCCAAAAUAUCCAAAGCUGCUAAAAAAGACAAAAAAGAGGAACCAGAAGACGAUGGAUUAACAAUCGAAGAGCGCCUUCGCAAGGAAUUCAUGACAAAAGACUUCCAUUAUUUGCAUAUGUAUCCAGAUCACGCGAUAAAACGUGAAUUUGUGUGUCGCCUGUGUUAUCGCACGAAGAAUUUGAAGAAAUGUAACGGGUGUUACGGGCAUUUCCAUGAAGAUUGUGUCUCAAAAGUGAAAGUUGGGCAACCAAUUCCUGUCUUGAAACGCGGGCCCAUCGGUUUUCACAAAGGAAAAAAGGGGACAAAACGUAAUUCCGUCGCUCGUCGUGCCUCCGCAGUGAAAAAAGAGGAAAUUAAAGAAGAAGAGGAGGAAGAAAUUGUCGAAGAAACCUCCAAAAUCGAUGAAAAUGCGGGUUUUUUGUGUUUUGACUGCGAAACGAAAAGUCACAAGUGCUUCAUUUGCAACGUAAAAGGCGAAUCUGAGGAAAUUGUGCAAUGCAACUACAACAAAUGCAUGCGUUUCUAUCACAAAAAGUGUCUCAAGCCCGCAUUCCCGCAAACCACCGUCAUGACAGACGAUCGCAUCGUUUGCCCGUAUCACAAAUGUCACACGUGCUUCGCCUCCGACAGCGCCAGCUUGACGCCCGACAGCAAAUUGGUGAUGUGCGUGCUUUGUCCAACGUCGUAUCACUACAACGACGUCAACUGCAUUCCCGCUGGUACGGAAUGGCUUUCGACGACGCAAAUAAUCUGCCAAAAUCACUCGAUAAAGCCUGCUGCGAACAUCAAUGCGAAUUGGUGCUUCAUUUGUACGCGUGGCGGCGACUUAAUUUGCUGCGAAACUUGCCCGGGAGCCUUUCAUUUAACGUGUGUCAAUGAAGCGGAAGUCCCGCAAGGCAAAUAUGUGUGUGACAGUUGCUCAUCCGGGCGUCGCCCGUUGCAUAACGAGCUCGUAUGGGCAAAAAUCGGCAAUUAUCGCUUUUGGCCUGCGAUUGUUUUGGCUCCGCAAACUGUUCCACUGUCCAUGGUCGAUGCCUUUCAUUAUCCCAACGAUUUUUGUGUCAAAUUUUUCGGAACUCGAGAUUGCGCAUGGGUAGGACGCGAUCGGGUAUUCGUUAUCGAAGAAGAAGAUGCGAUCGGAAGAAUUCCCGAAGCCAAAGGAGGACUCGAAGCAGCUUUCGCAAAAGCCAUUUCCGAGUUGCGAAUCGUUCAAAAGAUGCUAAAAGCCGACAAAUUGGCAAGUCAACAGAAAACGAUGAGCAAAAGCAAACCAGACCCGUAUGUGAAGAUCCAAAUUAAUCGCGCCGUGCCGCCAAUCAAGCUGGAAAUGGAUGUCGAAGCGGCACACAACAUCGAGUGUCAGUGCAAACCCACAGAUGAAGAUCCCUGCGGCAUAACGAGUCAAUGUCUCAAUCGUUCGAGCAAACAGGAAUGCAAUCCGCACACUUGCCCGGCACAGGACAAGUGCAACAAUCAACUUUUCCAAAAGCGAACGUAUCCAAAGUUGCAGGAACGGAAUACGCAUACGCGUGGAUGGGGUCUUUUCGCGGAGGAGGACAUCAAGGAGGGCACAUUUGUCAUUGAAUAUGUCGGCGAAGUCAUAAAUACGAAAGAAAUGAAUCGCCGCAUGGAAGUGAAUCGCGAAAAGAAGAUUGAUAAUUUUUAUUUUAUGGAUUUAGUUGCGGGACAGAUCAUUGAUGCAGGCGAAAAGGGAAAUAAGGCGCGAUUUAUUAAUCAUUCGUGCAUGCCGAAUUGUGUGACGGAGAUGUGGCAAGUUGGUAGAACAGUGCGGAUCGGGAUUUUUGCGUUGCGCGACAUUAAAAAGGACGAAGAAUUAAGCUUCGACUACCAACUCGAGUGCAAAGGUAACGUUCAAAAACCUUGCAUGUGUGGCACGUCGGAAUGCAGAGGCUUCAUCGGUCCCAAGAAAAAGGACGCUCGUCGUUCGUCAACGAAUUCCGCAAGAUCCUCGUCGCCAACCACGACGACAUCGAAGAAAAAAUCAACCAAACGGAAAUCCUCGUUUUCGCUUAAAAUUCAACUGAAUAAGAAGAAAAAGACAGCACCGUCGUCAUCAUCGACACCGAAAGCCGAAAAGACAAAUAAUACCUCAAAAACCAUUGAAAUCGACGACGAUCUCGAAGUUCGGGCGGAAAAUUUCACGCCUGCAUCUCCAAAUGGGGAGAAUUCAGUCGCAAGCAUGGACAUCGACUGAAAUUCUUGUUAGAUUAAUUCCCGUACAAUUUUUUUUUGUUUAGAUUUUCUAACUAAGUUUUGACGUAAUAACUUGGAAGUUAUCUACAUUAUAUUUAUAUUUGCUAUUACUUUUUAGAGAAUAUUUGAAAGUUUUUCUUUAGUAUUUCGAGAUACAUCUAAAUUUAUUGUUAUAUUUACUAAAUUAAAGUUAAAUGAGAAAAAGAAAAGAAAAAAAUUGGGUACAAGAUACCUUAUUAGCAUAAUUUAAAUAGCUAAAAAUAAAUAAAUAUAUUUUUUAAACAAAU